CGGAGAGUGAAGAGUGCAGAGCUUUGCUGUUUGCUGUUUAAUUCCUUUAAUUCCACUUAUGUUACGAGUGUUGUGCGUCUAUUCAAAGUUAACUAUAAACACUAAAAUAUUCCCAUCAGGCUCCGUUGAAGACUUAAUUGAAGGACAGCGAGAACAUGAGCGAUCCAGAACCCUGCAAAAUUAAAAAUGAAGACUCUGAACAACAAAUAGACCUAAUUGAAGAGAAUGAGGGGAGUAAAGAGGAGGAACAUUAUUUCAAAAUUGAGGAAAAAACUCAUUUACAGACUGAUGGUAUUUUGAAAAGGAGAGACAAGAAUCGUUUCACUUGCACUCAGUGUGGAAAGAGUUUUGGAAGUAAAGGCGAUCUUACGAUUCACAUCAGGAUCCACACUGAAGAGAAACCAUUCACAUGCACUCAGUGUGGGAAGAGUUUUAGCCAAUCAUCACGCCUUAAUCAACACAUGAUGAUCCACACAGGAGAGAAACCAUUCACAUGCACUCAGUGUGGGAAAAGUUUCAUCCGCUCAUCAUCCCUUAAUCUACACAUGAUGAGCCACACUGGAGAGAAACCAUUCACAUGCAAUCAGUGUGGGAAGCGUUUCAGCCAAUCAUCACACCUUAAUAAACAUAUGAUGAUCCACACUAGAGAGAAACCUUUCACAUGCGCUCGGUGUGGGAAGAGUUUUAGCCAAUCAUCACGCCUUAAUGAACACAUGAUGAUCCACACAGGAGAGAAACCAUUCACAUGCUCUCAGUGUGGGAAGAGUUUCAUCCGCUCAUCAUCUCUUAAUCUACACAUGAUGAGCCACACUGGAGAGAAACCAUUCAAAUGCCUUCAGUGUGAGAAGAGUUUUUGCCAAUCAUCAAACCUUAAUCUGCACAUGAUGAGCCACACUGGAGAGAAACCAUUCAAAUGCCUUCAGUGUGGGAAGAGUUUUUGCCAAUCAUCAAACCUUAAUCUACACAUGAUGAUCCACACAGGAGAGAAACCAUUCACAUGUACUCAGUGUGGGAAGAGUUUUAACUGCUUUUCGCACCUUAAUCAACACAUGAGGAUCCACACUGGAGAGAAACCUUUCAAAUGCACUCAGUGUGGGAAGAGUUUCAGACAGUCAACAAACUUUAAUCUACACAUGAGGAACCACACUGGAGAGAAACCAUUCACUUGCACCCAGUGUGGGAAGAGUUUCAGCCAAUCAGCAUCCCUUAAUCAACACUUGAGGAUCCACACUGGAGAGAAACCAUUCACUUGCACUCAGUGUGGGAAGAGUUUCAGCCAAUCAUCAUCCCUUAAUCUACACAUGAGGAUCCACACUGGAGAGAAACCAUUCACAUGCACUCAGUGUGGGAAGAGUUUCAGACAAUCAUCAUCCCUUAAUCUACACAUGAGGAUCCACACUGGAGUGAAACCAUUCACUUGCACUCAGUGUGGGAAGAGUUUCAGCCAAUCAUCAAACCUUAAUCUACACAUGAGGAUCCACACUGGAGAGAAACCAUUCACUUGCACUCAGUGUGGGAAGAGUUUCAGGCAAUCAUCAAACCUUAAGCUACACAUGAGGAUUCACACUGGAGAGAAACCAUUCACUUGCACUUGAGCCGCGGUCACACUGGAUUUUUCUCCCCUUAGACUUCCAUUCAUACGCACGUUAAUGCGUCAGACCGAAAACGCAAGUUUGUGCGUCAAGUUUCGCAGUUCACUGCCUUGCAAAGAUCAAGCUUUGUGAAUUCUGACCUGCGAAAUCACAUCACUUGACUGUGUGAGACCAAUCGAAGAUCAAAACAUGACCUCUCUGGACAGAAAUUUAAAAUAUGGACCAAUCGCUCACUUUUUUAAUGUCUAAUCAUCUUGUUUAAUCCCGCUCCUUUUCGCAGUGCCAUACAACAGAAUUUUGCAUUCUCAAACUAGUGUGCCCGCAGCUUCGGUGUAGGAUGAGUUUCAACAACUCAUCAGACCUUAAACACAUAAAGACCCACACUGGAGAGAAACCAUUCACAUGCACUCAGUGUGGGAAGAGUUUCAACCGAUCAGCAAACCUUAAUGAGCACAUGCAGAUCCACACUGGUGUGAAAGAGUAUAUGUGCUUGAGUGUGAGAAGACUUUUAUUACAGCUCUAAAAUUGAAACUGCACCAGACGAUUCACACUGAAGAGACCGUACAAGUGUUCACACUGUGACAAGAGGUUUAAUCGGUUAACACAUCUGAAAACACAAAAGAGGAUUAACACUAGAGGUAAACCGUACAGAUCUGAUCAGUGUCUACAGAAUUGAACAAAAAGUUGCACACAUGACAUAAAUACAGCAAAACAUUUUCCCACGUGCACAGGAUGUUUUAAUGUCUGAAUAAUGUUUGAAAAGGCUGAGUGACGGCAUACUGUUUUUCCAACACUCCUACACUGCAGUAGGAGGGGUUGUAAAUGUGUCGCUCUCCUCGCGUUUACCGUAAACACAAUGAUGGUGGCUGAGAGAAGAACAGUUUUAUAAACAUCUGGCAAACAGCACCUCUGCGGCUUAAAAUCUCUCUUUGCAAGUGAUUGUACAGGUGUGGAUACAUCUGUACUCCACUCUCCAGUGUAUUUGUGUAGCUAGUGUUGUUUUAGAUUAUGUUCUCUGUCUGACUCCCUGAAUGAGAAACAUCAAUGGGAAGACACCGCACAUCAAAGAAGGUGGAGCUCCAGGACCGUUAGUUUGCAGUAUACCAGGGCCUCAACUUUAGAAAGCCCAUUCAAUUGUCCUAUGUUGCAUCUUUUAUUAGUGGAGUUUCUUUACUUUUAGGUUCAAGAUUCUUUCUAGUUUACUUCAUUUACUUUUUUGAGUAGAAUACUUGAUGAAUAUUUGAUGAUUUAGGCAGAGCAACAGGUAUGAAGUUUUACAAUAUUAAUACAAUGUGAUGAUCCCAAGACUCCAGAUUGGAGUAUGUGGUAAAUCCUGAUUGGAUGCCUGCAUUACUCAUCAAUGGGUAUAAAAAAAGGAUGUUGUGUUAGCUACCCCAGGACGCUGUGGCUACUCAGGAGUCCUCAUGACAAGUCCUGCCAUCUUAUUGACUCUUUAACCUCAUGGUUUUGUUUUGCAUUACUUGUAUCAUGUAGUUAAAGUGUUGUUGUGAUUAUAUCCUAAGUUCUUUAUCUUCAUUAUUAUCCUUAGACAUUUGUUGGUUGCUUUGAUUGAUUGUUCUAUGAGUUACAUUUUAUAAUAAAUGAUUUGCA